AUGGAGAACUUUCCAAAGGAAACUGUUAUGGAGAGCAGUGGGCCAAAGGUUUUGGAAACAGCUGAAGAGAUCCAGGAGAGGCGUCAGGAGGUGUUGAGUCGGUACCGGAGGUUCAAGGAGCUGGUUGCUGAGAGGGGUCAGAAGCUGGAAGAGUCCUAUCACUACCAGGUUUUCAGGCGAGAUGCAGAUGAUCUGGAGAAGUGGAUCUUGGAGAAACUCAAGAUUGCAGAUGAUAAGAGCUAUGAAGACCCAACUAAUAUACAGGGGAAAUAUCAGAAGCAUGAAUCCUUCGCAGCAGAAGUGCAAGCAAAAUCAAGGGUCAUUCCUGAACUGGAGGAAAUCAGGAAAGUCCGAUUUCCUGAGGGGCAUUUUGCCCACGAGGACACCAAGGUCCACCUGGAGGAACUGCACCGCCUGUGGGACCUGCUGCUGGAGCUGACCCAGGAGAAGGGCACCCUGCUGUUGCGGGCCCUGAAGCUCCAGCAGUACUUGCAGGAGUGUGCUGAUAUCUUGGAGUGGAUUGGAGACAAGGAAGCUAUAGUGACAUCAGUGGAGCUGGGUGACGACUGGGAGCGCACAGAAGUUCUACAUAAGAAGUUUGAAGAGUUUCAAGUGGACCUGGAAGCUCGGAAGGGUAGAGUGGAUGGAGUGAACCACUAUGCCAAUGAGUGUGCUAAGGAGAACCAUCCUGAGCUGCCCUUGAUUAAGUUAAAGCAGGAUGAGGUGAAUGCUGCCUGGGAGCGUCUCCAUGGUCUGGCUCUCCAGAGACAGAAAAACCUGUCCAGUGCUGCAGAUCUCCAGAGAUUCAAAAGGGAUGUGACUGAAGCCAUCCAAUGGAUCAAGGAGAAGGAGCCUUUACUUACCUCUGAGGACUAUGGCAAAGACCUCGUUAGCUCUGAGGCACUGUUUCACAGUCACAAAGGACUUGAGAGGAACCUUGCAGUCAUGGAGGACAAGGUGAAGGAGUUAUGUGCCAAAGCAGACAAGCUGAAGCCUUCUCAUCCUUCAGAUGCACCUCAGAUCCAGCAGAUGAAAGAGGAUCUGGUGUCCAACUGGGAGCACAUCCGUGCCCUGGCUACUAGCAGAUAUGCAAAACUGCAGGCUUCUUACUGGUACCAGCGCUUCUUAUCUGACUAUGAUGAGCUCUCAGGCUGGAUGAAGGAGAAGACUGCUCUGAUCAAUGCUGAUGAGCUGCCCACAGAUGUGGCUGGAGGGGAAGCCCUGCUGGACAGGCAUCAGCAGCAUAAGCAUGAGAUCGACUCUUAUGAUGACCGAUUUCAAUCUGCUGAUGAGACUGGUCAAGCCCUACUGGAUGCCAAUCAUGAAGCUUCUGAUGAAGUUCAGGGAAAGAUGACAAUACUUGCCAACAACUGGGCUGCCCUGCUGGAACUGUGGGACAAGCGUCAGCAUCAGUAUGAACAAUGCUUGGACUUGCACCUCUUCUACCGAGACAGCGAGCAAGUAGACAGUUGGAUGAGUAGACAAGAGGCCUUUCUGGAAAAUGAGGAUCUGGGAAACUCACUGGGCAGUGUAGAAGCCCUUCUUCAGAAGCAUGAUGACUUUGAGGAAGCCUUUACUGCCCAGGAAGAGAAGAUCACAACCUUAGAUAAGACCGCAACAAAACUGAUUGACAAUGACCAUUAUGAUUCAGAGAACAUCGCUGCUAUCCGUGAUGGGCUGUUGGCCCGGCGGGACGCCCUACGUGAUAAGGCUGCCAUUCGACGCAGAUUGCUGGAGGAUUCAUUGCUUCUGCAACAGCUGUAUCAGGACUCAGAUGACCUCAAGAACUGGAUCAACAAGAAGAAAAAGAUGGCAGAUGAUGAAGAUUACAAAGAUGCACAGAACUUGAAAAGCCGGGUUCAAAAGCAGCAAGUCUUUGAACAGGAAUUGGCAGCUAAUGAGAUCCUGCUCAAUAAACUGGAGAAAACUGGCCAGGAGAUGAUUGAGGGCAGCCACUAUGCCUCUGACAAUGUGGCUGCUCGUGUGAGUGAAGUUGCCAGCCUCUGGAAGGAAUUGUUGGAGGCCACAGCCCAGAAAGGGACCCAGUUGUAUGAAGCUAACAAGCAGCUGCAAUUUGAAAAUAAUGCAGAUGACCUGAAGCGCUGGCUGGAAGAAGUGGAGUGGCAAGUCACCUCUGAGGAUUACGGGAAGGGCCUGGCAGAUGUACAGAACCUACUCAGGAAACACGGCCUCUUGGAGUCAGCUGUGGCUGCUCGUCAGGAUCAGGUGGACACCCUCACAGACUUGGCUGCGUAUUUUGAAGAAAAAGGCCAUCCUGAAUCUGGGGACAUACGGGCAAGGCAGGAGUCCUUGGUGUCCUGGUUUGAAGCUCUGAAAGGGCCACUAGCCACCCGGAAGAAGAAGCUCAUUGACCUACUCCAUCUGCAGCAAAUCUGCAGAGACACAGAAGAUGAGGAGGCCUGGAUCCAAGAGACUGAACCCUCAGCAGCUUCUACCUACCUUGGCAAGGACCUGAUUGCCUCCACAAAUCUUCUGAACAGGCACCAAGUCAUCCUGUCAGACAUUGCCAGCCAUGAGCCACACAUCCAAGUGAUAACACAGGCGGGAAACAAAAUGGUAGAGGAAGGACACUUUGCAGCAGACGAUGUGGCCUCUAAGGUUGAGAGUUUGAACAAGAAUAUGGAGUCUCUCCAUGCUCGAGCUGCCAGGCGGCAGAAUGAUCUUGAGGCCAAUGUCCAGUUCCAGCAGUACCUGGCUGACCUGCAUGAAGCGGAAGCAUGGAUUAGAGAGAAGGAGCCUAUUGUAGACAACACUAAUUAUGGGGCUGAUGAAGAAGCAGCUGGGGUUCUUCUGAAGAAGCAUGAGGCCUUCCUAGUGGAUCUUGAGGCAUUUGAAAACAUUAUCCAAGCUCUCCGGGAACAGGCAGAAGCCUGCCAGCAACAACAGGCUAUACCAGUAGAAGGUGCUGCUCGAGAAGAGAGGGUGGUGGCUUUAUAUGACUUCCAGGCCCGCAGCCCUCGAGAAGUCACCAUGAAGAAAGAUGAUGUCCUAACUCUGCUCAGUUCCAUCAAUAAGGACUGGUGGAAGGUCGAAGCUGAUGAUCACCAGGGCUUUGUCCCAGCUGUUUAUGUCAGGAGAUUGGCCCAUGACGAGUUCCCCAUGCUCCCCAGGAGGCAGCGAGAAGAAACAGACAUCUCCCAGCGUCAGGAGCAGAUUGAGAACCAGUACUACUCUCUCCUUGAUCGGGCAAGAGAACGUAGACGUCGCUUAUUGCAACGUUACAAUGAAUUUUUGCUGGCCUAUGAGGCAGGAGACAUGCUGGACUGGAUCCGAGAGAAAAAGGCAGAAAACACUGGUGUGGAACUAGAUGAUGUCUGGGAGCUGCAGAAAAAGUUUGAUGAGUUCCAAACGGAUUUGAAGACCAAUGAGCCUCGGCUAAGGGAUAUCAACAAGGUAGCUGAUGAUCUGCUAUUUGAAGGACUUCUAACACCAGAAGGAUCUCAAAUCCAGCAGGAGUUGAAUGCCCAUUGGGGUUCCUUGCAGAGGCUUGCAGAUGAACAGCGGCAGCUGCUGGGCAGUGCCCAUGCAGUCCAGAUGUUUCACAGAGAUGCAGAUGACAUGAAGGAGCAGAUUGAAAAGAAGUGCCAGGCGCUCAGUGCUGCUGACCCUGGCUCAGACCUGUUCAGCGUCCAAGCCCUUCAGCGACAGCACGAGGGCUUUGAGAGAGACCUUGUACCCCUGGGGGAGAAGGUGAUCAUAUUGGGGGAGACAGCAGAGCGGCUCAGUGAGUCCCAUCCAGAUGCCACUGAGGACCUGCAGAGACAGCGAAUGGAGCUGAAUCAGGCCUGGGAGGACCUGCAGGGGCGUACAGAGGACCGUAAGGAAAGCCUAAAUGAGGCCCAGAAAUUCUACCUGUUUCUCAGCAGGGCCAGGGACCUACAGAAUUGGAUCAGUGGCAUUGGUGGGAUGGUAUCAUCACAGGAGCUGGCUGAGGAUUUAACCGGCACAGAGAUCUUGCUGGAGCGACACCAGGAGCAUCGUGCUGACAUGCAGGCAGAGGCUCCCACCUUCCAGGCUUUAGAAGACUUUGGUGCAGAACUGAUAGACAGUGGGCACCGUGACAGUCCUGAAAUUGAAAAAAAGCUUCAAGCUGUCAGACUAGAGAGAGAUGAUUUGCAGAAGGCUUGGGAACGACGCAAGAAGAUCCUAGACCAAUGCUUGGAGUUGCAGUUGUUCCAAGGGGACUGUGAUCAGGUUGAGAACUGGAUGUCGGGACGUGAGAAUUCCCUGAGGUCAGAAGACAAGGAUUCCUUAGACAGUCUGGAGGCCUUGAUGAAGAAACGUGAUGAUUUGGACAAAGCUAUUGCUGCCCAGGAAGGGAAGAUCACUGACCUGGAACAUUUUGCAGAGCGGCUCAUUGCCGAUGACCACUAUGCCAAGGAAGAGAUUGAUGCUCGGAUCCAACGUGUGCUAGACAGAUGGAAGGCUCUCAAAGCACAACUGAUUGCUGAGCGGACGAGGCUUGGAGACUAUGCUGACCUGAAACAAUUCUAUCGUGACCUUGAGGAGAUGGAAGAAUGGAUCAGUGAGAUGCUACCCACAGCCUGUGAUGAAUCCUACAAAGACCCCACCAACAUUCAGAGAAAAUACCUAAAACACCAGACUUUUGAAAAUGAGGUUUAUGGUCGAGCUGAGCAGGUGGAAGGAGUCAUCAACCUGGGGAACUCCCUGAUUGAACGGAGGGCCUGUGAAGGCAAGGAAGAGACCGUGAAGGAGCAAUUGGAAGAGCUGGAGAAAUAUUGGGACUACCUGCUUGAGAGAACGAUUGACAAAGGACAGAAGCUCAAUGAGGCUAGUCGCCAACAGAGGUUCAACACAGGUGUUCGGGACUUUGAGUUCUGGCUUUCAGAGGCAGAGACUCUGCUGGCAAUGAAAGAUCAGGCCAGGGACUUGGCUUCAGCAGGAAACCUGCUUAAGAAGCAUCAGCUAUUGGAAAAAGAGAUGUUGGCUCGAGAGGAUGCACUCAAGGACCUGAAUAUGCUUGCUGAGGAUCUGCUCUCCAGUGGGACUUUCAAUGUUGACCAGAUUGUGGAGAAAAGGGACAGUAUCAACGAACGCUUCCUGAGUGUCCAGAACUUGGCAGCGGCACACCAUGAGAAACUGAAAGAGGCAUAUGCCUUGUUCCAGUUCUUCCAGGACCUAGAUGAUGAGGAAUCCUGGAUAGAGGAAAAGUUGGUACAAGUGAGCUCCCAAGACUAUGGCAGGGAUCUGCAGAGUCUUCAGAACUUAGUGAAGAAGCACAAACGCCUGGAGGGGGAGCUGGUGGCACAUGAACCCGCUAUCCAGAAUGUGCUGAAUAUGGCAGAAAUGCUGGGAGACAAGGCUGCUGUGGGGCAGGAGCAGAUCCAGGAGCGGCUGGAUCAGUUUGUUCAGCACUGGGAGAAGCUCAGAGAGUUGGCCAAGGCUCGAGGGAUUCGGCUGGAAGAAUCCCUAGAAUACUUGCAAUUCAUGGAGAAUGCUGAGGAAGAGGAAGCUUGGAUCAGUGACAAAGAAGCUCUAGUUGCCCGAGGGGAUUCUGGAGACACACUGGCUGCAACUCAGAGUUUGCUAAAGAAGCAUGAAGCCUUGGACAAUGACUUCACAGUCCAUGAGACACGAGUGCAAAAUGUGUGUGCACAAGGAGAAGACAUCCUGAGUAAGGUGUUGCAGGAGGAAAGUCAGAACAAGGAGAAAAUUUCUGCCAAGAUAGAGGCUCUAAAUGAAAAGACUCCUUCUCUGGCCAAGGCAAUAGCUGUUUGGAAGUUACAGCUGGAAGAUGAUUAUGCCUUUCAGGAGUUUAACUGGAAGGCUGAUGUGAUAGAGGCCUGGAUAGCUGAGAGGGAAAAAAGCCUAAAGACCAAUGGCAGUGGUGCAGACUUCGCUGCCUUCCUUACUCUCCUGGCAAAGCAGGAUACGCUGGAUGCCAGUCUGCAGAGCUUCCAGCAAGAGAGACUUUCUGAGUUCACUGAUCUGAAGGACCAACUAGUUGCUGCUCAGCACAGCCAGACCAAAGCCAUUGAGGAGCGCCAUGCUGCCCUACUGAGGCACUGGGAACAGUUACUGGAAGCCUCUGCAGCCCACAGACAGAAACUGCUGGAAAAGCAGCUUCCUCUCCAGAAAGCUGAGGAGCUAUUUAUGGAAUUUGCAAACAAGGCUUCAGCUUUCAACAACUGGUGUGAGAAUGCUGAAGAGAACCUGUCAGGUCCUGUGCACAGUGUCUCCCUGAAUGAGAUUCGGCAGCUGCAGAAGGACCACGAGGUCUUCCUGGCUUCCAUGGCUGGGGCUCAAGCAGACUUUAACUAUUUGCUGGAGCUAGACCAGCAGAUUAAGUCCUUAAAUGUGCCCUCUAGCCCUUAUACCUGGUUAACAGUGGAGGUGCUAGAAAGGAUCUGGAAUCACCUACCUGACAUCAUCAAGGAACGAGAGCAGGAGCUGCAAAAGGAAGAGGCAAGACAGGUUGAGAACUUUGAGAUGUGCCAGGAAUUUGAACAGAAUGCCAGUGACUUCCUUCAGUGGAUCCUAGAGACCAGGGCUUAUUUUCUGGAUGGAUCUUUGCUCAAAGAAACAGGAACUCUGGAAUCCCAGUUGGAAGCAAAUAAAAGGAAGCAGAAGGAGAUCCAGGUGAAGAAGCGUCAGCUGACUAAGAUCGAGGACCUGGGGGAAAAGUUGGAGGAGGCUCUGAUCCUUGACAUCAAAUACAGCACCAUUGGACUGGCCCAGCAGUGGGACCAGCUCUACCAGCUCGGGCUGAGGAUGCAACACAACCUGGAACAACAGAUCCAAGCCAAGGACAGCAUAGGUGUGAGUGAAGAGACACUAAAGGAGUUUAGCACAACCUAUAAACACUUUGAUGAGAAUCUGACAGGGCGUUUGACUCAUCGAGAGUUCCGUUCCUGCCUGAGAGGACUCAAUUACUACUUGCCAAUGGUGGAGGAGGGUGAACCUGAGCCCAAGUUUGAGAAGUUCCUGGAUGCUGUGGAUCCAGGGAGGAAGGGCUAUGUCUCACUGGAGGAAUAUACCUCAUUCCUGAUUGACAAGGAGUCAGAGAACAUCAAGUCCAGCGAUGCGAUAGAGAAUGCUUUCCAAUCCCUGGCAGAAGGCAAAGCCUACAUUACCAAAGAGGAUAUGAAGCAGGCCCUAACCCCAGAACAAGUGUCAUUCUGUACCAUACAUAUGCAACAGUAUAUGGACCCACGGGGUCGAAGCCAUCCUGCUGGCUACGACUAUGUUGGCUUCACCAAUUCCUACUUUGGCAACUGA